AUGAGUGAACAUAAAGUUUUUACAAAAACUCGAGCUAGUGAGAUUUUGCAAGAGUUCCAACAAACUGAUAAAAAGAAAAAUGUGUCAAGAAGAAAACAAAUAUUGAAAAAAGUCAUAGCCAACAUAACAAUAGGGAACAAUGAUAUGGUUUAUGUGUUUCCUGAGAUAAUUAAACUUUUCCUAAUAGAUGAUUUAGAGAUCAAAAGAAUGUGUUAUCAUUACCUAAAUACCUUUGCUAUUGCUAAACCAGAUAUGGCCUUGGAAGUUUUGCCCAUUCUUCUAUCCGAUCUUAAAUCUGAUUCUUCAAUUUUGGUCGCUUUGGCUUUGAAAAACCUGGUUUCAGUACCAAUCAAAGAGUUCAUAAGAGAAGCGGUAAGGCCAUUGGCAAUAAAUUUGAAGAGUGAAGACCCAUAUCUUAGAAAAACAGCAGCAUAUUCAAUUGCCCGUUUAUACGAAAAGGAUCCGAAAAUAGUGAUUAGGGAACAAUUCAUUGAACAAUUGAACCACACCUUGAGUGACAAUAACCCAACUGUCAUAGCAUCUGCACUUACAGCUUUGAAUGAUAUUACUGAAAAAUCAGAUGACUUGAAGCUAACGAUCAAUAGAAGUCAUGCACUCAAUUUAGUGGAGCUUUUACCAAGAUGUGAUGAAUGGUCCCAGGCUUCAAUUCUGAAUGCUCUUUUGAACUUUAUACCAACUUCCCAUGAAGAUGCAUUUGUUCUUAUUGAUAAGGCCAUUGCUCAGUUACAACAUGCAAACUCUGCAGUGGUUUUGAACGCUUUCAAAUUAUUACUUUAUUUGUUGAAUUUUGUUGAUGUGAUUGAGGAUUACAUACCCAAAAAACUAUCAAAUUCGUUGAGUUCAUUACUUUCUAAACCUCCAGAAAUCCAAUUUUUGAUUUUGAGAAAUGUUAUUUUACUUAUAUUAAGUAAACCAAAGUUGAUACCGUUCGAUGUUACUGUGUUUUUCUGUGAAUAUAAUGAUCCUAUUUAUGUGAAAGAUACAAAGCUUGAAAUUAUUUAUUUAUUGGCAAAUGAAGGUAACUUGGAUGUUGUUUUGAGGGAACUGGAAGAAUAUGGAACUGAAGUUGACAUCCAAAUGUCACGGAAGGCAAUUAGGGCUGUUGGUAACUUGGCAGUUAGAUUAGAUGCUGCUGCAAAGCCAUGUAUCGAUGUCUUAUUAAACUUGAUCUCUAAUGGAAUUGAUUAUGUGGUGCAAGAAGCUGUUAUGGUGUUUAAAAACAUUUUGAGACGUUAUGAUCAAUACGAUUAUGUGAUUACAGAAAUCAUUAAUCAUUCUGAUCAAGUGGAGGAACCAGAUGCAAGAUCAGCUUUGAUAUGGAUAGUUGGUCAAUAUUGUGACAAAAUUCCAAAGUCAGAAAGCCUGCUGAGUGACUUGACUUAUACGUUCAGGGAGGAUCCGUUAGAAGUUCAACUUUCAACAUUAACAGCAUGUGUUAAGUUGUUUUUGAGGAAACCACAACUUGGAGAAAAUAUUGUCAUAAAAGUCCUGAAAUGGGCAACUGAAGAGGUCAACAACCCUGAUGUGAGAGAUCGGGGAUUCUUUUACUGGAGAUUAUUAUCAAAUCAAGACAAGUUUCCGAGCACGGCCAAGGAGGUUGUUGAUAAUGAGAUACCAGUUAUAUCGAAUGAAAAUGAAAAGUUGGAUCCAUUGAUUCUUGAAGAAUUAGAACUCAAUAUUGGUACUUUAGCAUCUAUUUAUUUGAAACCCGUUGGUCAAGUGUUUCGUCUUGCAAAGAGAAAAUUCCUACCAAGUAGCCCUGCAAGUAAAGAAACAAAACAAUUUGGGACGUCGUUUGAGUUUAGCAAAGAAGCCUUCUGGAUUGUUAUCAAGAAAAUUGUCCAUAAGGGGUGCAUUCCAUUAGAUAUGAUUGAAAUGUUUGUAUUACUGGAAAAAAUGAACAUUCUACAAGGAGUUUUGGAGUUUGAUAAUUAA